AUGAACACCAUCACCAGUCCAGGGAUCAUGACCAUCAGGAUCACGAACGUUUCUGACAACACCUACGAAAUCCAAAAGGGAACGAUCCUCGGACAAGCUUGCGUGCUACGGAUUCCCGAACAGCCAAGAACUUUCCCGCCAAUCCCAGUCGAGCAAUACACCCCACCAGAAGCCGACUGGGAUAGCAAGCUCCCAUCGCUACCGAAAGACCUGCUCAAGGAAUUGAACCUUCAACGCUGCGCCCUCGAUGAAGGUCAACAAAGAGAGCUGAGGAAAAUAAUCAUCGCAGCGCGUUCUUCAACGACGAUGGUAACAUUGGAAUGUUCACUGGCUCGAUCCAACAUCGAAUCGACAUUCGGGACGACGUGCCUUUUCCAAAGCCCAGGACCUACAGAAUACCACUAGGAAAACGAGACGAAGUCGAACGUCAAGUACAGGAACUUCUAGCGCAAGGAAUCAUCGAACCUUCGUUAUCGACCUUCCCGAGUCCCGUUGUCCUUGUUAAAAAGAAGGACUCUAGGUGGCGAUUUACAGUAGACUAUAGACAACUCAACGCUGUCACGAAAAAACAGGUCUACCUCAUCCCGACCGUUUCUGAGAUUGUCGACCUUGCAGCCGGAGCAAAAUUUUUCACGAACCUCGACCUUAUAUCUGGAUUUUUCCAGCUACCACUUCGAGAAGAAGACCGACCGCUGACCGCUUUUACAACCCCAUCUGGCACGUACCAAUUUCGGCGUAUGGGGCUCUGCGGGGCACCACACACCUUCCAGUACGGCUCCAUAUCACAAAAAAAGCAUCGGACAAGAUGGAAAGGUAUCACAGAACGCUAGAAGAGUCCCUCACAGCGUUCGUCAAUGACGCGCAAUCGGAUUGGGACGACUAACAACGCCUAAUUACAUUUGCGCUAAACACGACGCCGCAUACAACAACUGGACUCUCACCGUUCUUCGUGACACACGGGCGAGAACCGCGCAUUCCGGCAGAUGUAAUCUGGAAAUCUCCAAUACCAGUACACAUCAACGAAGACGAUCAUGCCACAAUGCUGCGCAUACAGCUCGCCGAACUCUGGAAAUUCACCAGAGAACGUCUACGUGUUGGCCAGGCGCGACAGAAGAAGAACUACGAGAAAACGCACCAAAUCGCCGAAAGAAAAAUCUGCACAGGCGAUCUGGUCCUCGUCAAACGCGCCCCGGCAAAGAACAAACUGGCUCCGUAUCUUCACGGACCAAACACGGUUAUAAGCGUCUCCGGACCGAACAUCCAAUACGCACAAGAUAAUCGCAUUGCGAAGGCCCACAAAAACGACGUCCGACUGUUCAAAAGGAACCACAUCACUGACGCCUAUAGUAUGUUCAGAUUUUGAAUGUCAAGUCGUCGCCCAAGCUCCGCCCAUAAUGGUGCAAUAGACCAAUCACAGAGCGAGCCAUCCACAGAGCAUUUUCGAAUGACGUCAUUCUACUUGACAUUCAAAAUCUGAACGGACUAUAGCAAACCGAGGAACUCCAAGACUACCCGGAAGACGACACGAUCGCUGAAGCGCCAGAACAAUCUCGAGAAGCUCAACAACCUGCUCCUCAGCGUCCUCAGCGACUCCGGAAACCUCCCAAACGUCUUCAGCACUAG